AUGGCUUCUGCUGAAAACAUUAAUAUACCCCGUGCUUCCCCAGCAGAAAAAGGUCCUCUCUACACAGAUUUCUUCCAACAACAAGUCGCAAAGCAGCGCAACAAUAACUAUCAUUCUACAUCAUUAAGAAACAUGGUUGCCACAUCUGUGAAUCGCACUGCUCUGCACCCUGGUGGUGUCCAGCCUGGCAAGGGUCACACCGAGCUGGAGGAAGAGCUUCACGAGCACGCUCACAUCGAUUACGAGCGUGUCGCUAUUAUCGCUAACCCUGCCGUCCCUGCUCUCUACGAAGAUGCUCUUGUUUACGAGACUGGUACUGCCAUCACAUCAUCAGGUGCCCUGACUGCCUACUCUGGUGCCAAAACUGGCCGUUCCCCUUCAGAUAAGCGUAUUGUGAAGGAGGAAUCUUCUGAGCAAGAUAUCUGGUGGGGCCCUGUUAACAAGCCUAUGACUCCUGAUGUCUGGCGUAUCAACCGUGAGCGUGCUGUCGACUACCUCAACACCCGCAACCGUAUCUAUGUCAUCGAUGGUUUCGCUGGCUGGGAUGAGAGAUACCGCAUCAGUGUCCGUGUUGUCUGCGCUCGUGCCUACCAUGCCCUCUUCAUGAGGAACAUGCUUAUCCGCCCUUCCCAAGAGGAGCUCAAGCACUUCCACCCCGACUAUGUCAUCUACAACGCCGGUUCUUUCCCUGCCAACCGUUUCACUGAGGGUAUGACUUCUGCUACCUCUGUUGCCAUCAACUUUGCGGAGAAGGAGAUGGUUAUCCUGGGUACCGAGUAUGCUGGAGAGAUGAAGAAGGGUGUUUUCACUGUCCUGUUCUACGAGAUGCCCGUCAAGCACAACGUCCUGACCCUCCACUCUUCUGCCAACCAGGGUAAGGAUGGUGAUGUUACCGUCUUCUUCGGUCUUUCUGGAACUGGCAAGACCACUCUUUCUGCCGACCCUAACCGUGCCCUGAUUGGUGACGACGAGCACUGCUGGACCGACAGUGGCGUCUUCAACAUUGAGGGCGGUUGCUACGCCAAGUGCAUUGGCCUCUCUGCUGAGAAGGAGCCCGAUAUUUUCAACGCCAUCCGCUUCGGAUCCGUCCUCGAGAACGUUGUUUUCGACCCCAUCAGCCGUGUCGUCAACUACGAUGAUUCGACUUUGACCGAGAACACCCGCUGUGCUUACCCCAUUGAGUACAUCGAUAACGCCAAGAUUCCUUGCAUCUCUGACAACCACCCUACCAACAUCAUUCUCCUUACUUGUGAUGCUCGCGGUGUUCUGCCUCCGAUCUCUAAGCUCACCACCGAGCAGACUAUGUUCCACUUCAUCUCUGGUUACACCUCCAAGAUGGCCGGUACUGAGGACGGUGUGACUGAGCCCCAGGCCACUUUCUCCUCUUGCUUCGCCCAGCCUUUCUUGGCUCUCCACCCCAUGCGCUAUGCUACCAUGCUGGCUGAGAAGAUCUCGAAGCACAAGGCCAAUGCUUGGUUGCUCAACACCGGCUGGGUUGGCGCUGGCGCCACCACUGGCGGUAAGCGUUGCCCUCUGAAGUACACCCGUGCCAUCUUGGACGCCAUCCACAGCGGCGAGUUGGCCAACGCCGAGUACGAGGUCUACGAUGUUUUCAACCUCCACGUGCCCAAGAGCUGCCCCAAUGUUCCCUCGGAGCUCCUGAACCCCAAGAACAGCUGGAUCGCAUCCACCAGCUUCAAGGACGAGGUCAACAAGCUCGGCAAGCUGUUCAACGAGAACUUCACCAAGUACGCUGACCAGGCAACCAAGGAAGUCAUUGAGGCUGGCCCAGUACUGGCAUAG